AUGACGCACCAGGAACAGAGACGAGCAGUCGCAACUCCGAGCCAAUCUAACAAAAUCCUCAUCACCAACCAGGUUAUACAUGCAGGCCUCUAUUACCCAGCGAACUCCCUCAAAACCAACCUCUGCAUCCGCGGCCGCAACCUCCUCUACGACCUCUGUGCGCAAAACAACAUCCCCCACCGCAAAACGAAGAAAUGGAUCGUGGCGCAAACACCGACGCAGUGGGACGUCUGUCUGAAACUUCACGCGCACGCACAAGGACUAGGUGACGCCCCGACACGCCUAGUGGGACGCGAAGAAGCACAGCGGCGCGAGCCAGACGUCAAAGCAGACGCAGGCAUCGUUGAGAGCGAGACAUCCGGGAUCGUGGACAGCCACUCGCUGAUGACCUAUUUGCAAGGCGACUUUGAGGACCGCGGCGGUGAUAUAGCGUUCAAGACGCGCGUGACAAGCGUGGAGGCGAUCGAUGGCGGCCGCGGCGGGUAUAAGAUUACCGCUGUCUCGGGUGAGGAUGGCUCGGUUACUUCCAUCACAGCUGAGACGCUGAUCAAUAGUGCUGGGCAUGGCGCGUGCGAGAUCAGCAACAUGCUCCUCCCGCAAGAACGUCAUUUUGUUCCGCAUUACGCUAAGGGAACGUACUUCUCUUAUGCGUCGUCCAGGCCUAGGACUUCUGUUUUGGUUUAUCCGGUGACUUUGCCGGGUACUAGUGGGCUUGGUACGCAUCUGACACUUGACUUGGGCGGCCGUGUUCGCUUCGGACCGGAUGUUGAGUGGGUGGAUAGUCCUGAUGAUUUGGUGCCGAGCGCUGCGCGUUUGGAGCAGGCGUUGCCGGAGAUCAAGGCUUAUUUGCCUGGUGUCGAUGUCGAUGCUAUUACAUUAGAUUACUGCGGUAUUCGCCCUAAACUGGGGAGGGGUGGAGCUGUCAAUGAGGGUAAGGGGUUCCAGGACUUCAUCGUCCGGGAGGAAGAGGGCCAGCCUGGGUUUGUCAAUUUGUUGGGGAUUGAGAGCCCGGGCUUGACGAGUUCCUUGGCGAUUGGCGAGAUGGUCGAUGGUAUCUUAUACCGUUAG